GGUAUUUUCUUCAUUUUUUCAUUCUCUAAUUAUCUUCAUACUGAUGAUAUACAGAUAGUGGUGGAUCAGAGAAACAUAAUGUCAGAUGCAACGAGUAGAGAAAGGACUAAACAAACCGAAGAAGAGCUGAAUAACUGGCUGCCGAUUACUGCAAAUCGAGAAGCCAAAUGGUGGUAUUCUGCCUUUCACAAUGUCACUGCAAUGGUUGGUGCUGGUGUUCUUGGAUUACCUUACGCCAUGUCCCAACUUGGCUGGGUGCCAGGAAUUAUUGGCAUAACGUUGUCUUGGUUGAUCACAUUGUAUACAUUGUGGCAAUUAGUUGAGUUACAUGAAGACGUACCAGGGAAGAGGUUCGAUCGAUACCCUGAACUUGGCGAACAUGCAUUUGGCCCCAAGUUAGGAUAUUGGAUCGUCAUGCCUCAACAACUUGCUGUUCAAGUUGCAACCAAUAUUGUUUACAUGGUCACAGGUGGAAAAUCAUUAAAGAAGACGUGGGAUUUGAUGAUUCCACAUCUGGCUAAUGUUCGAAAAACUUAUUUUAUCUUGAUUUUUGCUGCCGUUCAGUUAUGUCUUUCUCAAAUUCCAAAUUUCAAUUCAUUGAAAGCUAUCUCAUUACUUGCCGCAGUCAUGUCCUUUAGUUACUCAGCAAUAGCUUGUAUCACAUGUAUAAUUUUUGGUGUAAAGAAUCACCAUGUAAGUACACCGAGUUAUGCAGUACGAGGAAAGACAACAGCGGGAAUAGUUUUCGAUGUUUUCAACGCCAUUGGGACAAUUGCAUUCUCAUUUGCAGGACACAGUGUAGUUCUGGAGAUUCAAGCAACCAUACCUUCAACACCCGAGAAACCGUCAACUAAACCAAUGUGGAAGGGUGUUGUGGUCGCAUAUUUGAUAGUAGCCCUUUGCUACUUCCCAGUUGCUAUCGCAGGGUUUUGGGCAUAUGGUAAUGCGGUUGAAGAUGAUGUUCUUAUUUCUUUAGAACAUCCUCCGUGGCUGAUCUCUCUCGCAAACUUUAUGGUGUUCUUGCACGUUGUUGGCAGCUGGCAGGUUUUCGCUAUGCCCGUCUUUGAUAUGCUGGAAGCGUACUUGGUGAAGAAUUUAAAUUUCACACCUGGUACUCCACUUAGAAUCAUUGGUCGCAGUGGAUAUGUUGUUAUAACUGCAUUCAUUGGCAUCUGCAUCCCUUUCUUUGGCGGGUUGUUAGGAUUCUUUGGAGGACUUAUAUUUGCUCCUAUUUCAUAUUUCAUUCCUUGUAUCAUGUGGCAAAUUCUUCGCAAGCCUAAAAGAUGGAGCUUCCAUUGGUUCGCUUGUUGGAUAUCCAAUGUGCUUGGCGUGCUUAUCAUGGUUCUUUCACCAAUCGGCGGAACUCGAGAAAUUGUUCUUUCAUUCAAAUCUUACAAGUUCUUUUCUUAAGUGCAUUAUCUGACAAAGGGAAGGUGGAUCUCACUGCGAGAGUUCAUUAAGAAGGAUGUCUCCAGAUUGGGAACAAUGCUCAGAGCCUCGAAGAACAAAUUUAGAUUAUGCCGAACAUUCUAAGUUUAGUUUUAUUUACAGAGCUUGAGAACCUUUUGCUAGGCCGUAAUAAGACUUUGCAUAAACUUAAAUUUUUUGUUUUGUUUCCCCUGUAAUAGGUGAGUGAGUUAGGUAGAGUGCAACAUGGAGGACUGUUUCUAUUUUUUCAGUUUGUUAGUUUGCGGAAUUUUCAAGUUAGUUAUUACACUGCGCAUCUCUAUUUCAGUAUAUAGUUGAGGGUUUGAGAUGAACGUGUCAGGUUCAAGGCUUCUUUUUGAGGAAGCUGUGCACGGCUGCGCAUAGGCCUGCACAUUGUUUACUUAACACGCCUAAGAAACGGGAAUUUGUUUCUCAUUAUUACUCUUACUGCAAUUAUUAGUCAAGAAUAAAAUAUGUAAAUUCGUACCAGCUGGUACAGAAUAUGUCAAAGACACAGUAUCGUG